GCAGCACCGGUCUGGUCGGCAGCUCUCCCUUUUCUUCCCCCGGCGAAGUGGCCGCGGCGAGACAGGCCGCGGGCCCGAUGUGGGGCGGGAGGACCGUGCCCCUCCUCCGUGUAUGGAGGUUAUGGCCAGCAGGGACCCUUGCAAGGCGACCGCUAAACUACAAGGAUCCAUCGCUGGCGGGAAGCAACUCCCCUCAGUGUUGGAACUGCGGCCGCCGCGGGAGCCCCGUGCGGGGGAACGGGUUCUUCUGCCCGCAGUGCCGCGCGCUGCAACCACCGGACUCCACUCGAGACUACUUCAGCCUCAUGGACUGCAACCGUUCCUUCAGAGUUGAUACUGUGAAGCUCCAGCAAAGGUACCAGCAACUACAGCGCCUUAUCCACCCAGAUUUCUUCAGCCAGAGGUCUCAGCCUGAAAAGGACUUCUCAGAGAAGCAUUCAACCCUGGUGAAUGAUGCCUAUAAGACCCUCCUGGCCCCCCUGAGCAGGGGAUUAUACCUUCUAAAGCUCCAUGGAGUAGAGAUUCCUGAAAAGACAGAUUAUGAAAUGGACAGCCAAUUCCUCAUGGAAAUAAUGGAAAUCAAUGAAAAACUAGUAGAAGCUCAAAGUGAAGCUGUGAUAAAAGAAAUUGAAUCUAUUGUCAGAGCUAAACAGAAAGAAUUGACUGACAAUGUAAGCAGAGCUUUUGAACAAGAUGAUUUUGAAAAAGCCAAGGAAAUUUUAACAAAGAUGAGAUACUUUUCAAAUGUAGAAGAAAAGAUCAAGUUAAAGAAGAUUCCCCUCUAAUGGUUGCUAAUCUAAAAGUUUUUAAAAUAAAAGUUCUUGCAUA